GCCGUCUCAUAUUGAAAACUCUGCUGCUUGAAUUCACACCGGCUGUGCUGUCGCCAUUCAAAACAACAGAACUCACUUUGGAUCAGUAACAUUCCAACAUGUGUAGAGGACUUGCUACGCUUCCUGCAACAUGCUUAAAAAGCGCCAAAGACAUCAAACAUAAAAUAUCCUUUUUACUCCAGAAGCCGGAGCACCACACGUCUCAUCAGAGUCAGAUAAAAGAGAAAAAUGAUGCUGCUGCUGCUGCUAAGAGUGGGCCAACUGCAGCUGAGGUGAAGAAAUGGAAAGAAUCUUUCAACGAUGUGAUUACCAGUGAGAUGGGUCGUACCGUCUUCGGCAACUUCCUGAAGUCAGAGUUUAGCAAGGAGAAUCUAGACUUCUGGGUCGCCUGCGAAGUAUACAAGAAGUCUGCUCCUUCCAAGAUGGCCAACAGAUCCAAGCAGAUCUACCAGCAACAUGUUGAGGCCAAUGCCACCAAUGAGGUGAACUUAGACGCGGCCAUCAGAGAGGAAACGAAGAAAAACGUAGAGAACCCCUGCCCGUGUUGUUUCGACGUGGCCCAGCAGAUGAUCUACACCUUGAUGGAGAAAGACUCCUACAGGCGCUUCCUCAACUCCAAACUGAUCCAGGAUCUGACACGGACCACUGCUGCUCAGGAGAAGAAGGAAAGGAACAUCUCUGACAGUGCCAAGAACGGGCAGGCCUUAACGGGCGGCGCCUAAACAGCAGAGUGAACACUGAAGACUAGAAGAAGAAUGUGCCAAAGACUGAAAAAGUACUGGAAAGUUAACACUGGUAAAGAACGGUUGGUUUUUGUCUUAAAUAUGUAUUGAGUAGAAAAAAGUAGUUUUGAAUCUGACAUUUGUUGAAGACUUUAUUUCUGUUUUAUACUUUGACGGUCCAAUUUACGAAGGUGAAUCAAUAUUUUAUAUUUUAACAACUGCCAGUGGAGCCUUUUGUGAGAGGGGUUUGUUUUCUUUGACAAAUAACACAUUUUUAGUUCUUUAACUGCCCAAUUUAACUGUAAAGAUGAGAGCAUAGAGACCACGAUCAUACUCUGAGCGAUAUUCUGUGAAAGCUCUAUAAAAGUGAGGAUGACUAAAAUAUCAGGGUUUUUAUUUAUUUUAUUUGUAUUAUGAUGUUGGUCAGUAAUCCAGUAUGUCAUAGUGGGCAUGUUUAUGUUUUAUUGAACUAAAUUCAAUCAACCUUAAUGUAUUCAUCUGAAAUGCAAAAGUGUUGAUAUUGUUAUAAUAUUAACUUACAGUACGCUAUAUGCACCGAACACAAUUUAAAGGUGACAUAUAAUGCACAUUUACAGAUUCAAACUUGGAUUCAGGGUUUCUACCUGAACAUGUUUUCAUGCUUUAAAGUUAAAAAAACAUUUCUUUACAUUUGCUGCCUGAAAAAACCUGUAUUCCCACUCUGUUUGAAACACUUCGUUUUAGCACCUAUCUUUAUAAAAUCCCUCCGUCAGAAAAACAGUUUCUUUGAAACCAUUUCUCCCCAAGACAGCCUACACAAAUCUGACAGGGUCUUCUAUUCUGUUUUGUGGGUCAGAUACCCAAAUGAAUGUGCACAAACAAAGUGUUAGCAAUUAGCUUUACAUUAUGUUCUUCUUCAUUUCCUACGUUAACAUUCAAACAACUGCAGACGUAUCAAGGUUCAAGGUUCUUUAUUGUCAAACUAACAUAGCUACAGAGUAAUUAUGUCAUUGAAAAUCUUAGCUCACAGGCUUCUCCAACAAUGCAACACAAUAAUACAGAUAAACAGACAAUAUUAAAACAAUAUUAGAGUAUAUUAUAUUAAAAGUAAUACAAAAAAGAAAAAUAGUGUUAAAAAAAAGAAAAGAAAGUGGAAUAGUGCAAUACGAGUCUAUAUACAAGUUAUUGGAAUGAUAGAUAAUAGAUAAAUAAUUACUAAGUAGCAGAUGAAUGUUAUGAAAUUGUUUCAGCAGUUCAGUUGUUUAACAGUCUUAUUGCCAAUAAUGAAGCUGUCUCUGAAUCUGGUUGUUAUCAUAUUGAUGUCUACGUUCUCAUCACCUCAAGUAAGUUAUUUAUCUUAAACUGCUAUAUAUCUCAAAGCGUGACCAACCGCCUGAACUGUGACGCAAAUAUUGGCUUUGACUACUUCUAGUUGGAAGUUUAAGCAUGAUUUCAUAUUGUAGUAUUGAUUUUAAAUACUGACGAAAAGGUAAAUAGUGACUCAUUCGAUUGAUUUUCACCAGUUCCCCUGUCAAACGGCUGUGUUCCGAUGUUAAUUACUGUAAUGUGUGCAGCAUACUGCACAGUGUGUUCACUUACAUUAAAUGUAUUUUGGUGGCCUUGCAUACGAAAAUGUGUUCUCAAAAUGUAUACUGUGAUAAUAGAAAAGUAGAAACUGUCUAUAUAUUUAAUAAAUGAUGUUGUUGCCCUAUUUAUAUAUCACAUCUGUGACUGUUCACGAAUAAAAUGUUGUGUUGGAUGAUCAGAA